GGUGAUACACAACAAGAGGAGUAGUGGUGUUGCAACUAGAAGCUGAACUCGUACCUAGCAACGCAGGUGGAACAAUGGGGACAAUGGAAACUGGAGAGUUUGUUCGCAAGCGAGACCGUGGAGGAGAUGGGGGUGGUGAGGAGGAACGCAGUCGUUUACGGAUAAGUAUAGAGAAAGAUGAGAGGGGGGUGCAUUGGGCAAGAUUUUGGAGCAAAGGACGUGAGCGUUGGAGAGAUUGUGAUGUUCUUUGCAUUCAAGCUGCAGGACAGGAUGUUGUAGCAGUAAAAACUAAAGUAGGGGGAAUUACAGUUAGGGAAACUGCUGUACUGAAAGCUCCAGCAGUGAAAAUCGCAACUGUAGAAACUGCAGCAGCGGAAAUUGAAGCAGUGGAAACUGGAGCAAUGGAGACUGCAGCACUGGACACUGCAGCAGUGGAAAGCGCAAUAGUGGACACUGCAGCAGUGGAAACCGGAGUAGUGGAAACUGCAGUAGUGGACACUGCAGCAGUGGAAACCGCAACAGUGGACACUACAGUAGUGAAAACUGCAGGAGUGGAGACUCCAACAGUGGAAACUGCAGGAGUCGAGACUGCAGCAGUGGAAACUGCGGUAGCAGCAGAUGAGGAAGCACCAAAACAAGUGAAAAUGGUGCGAUCCCAACUACCAGAGGUUGGCAUCUUUCAUUUUAAAGGGGAAAAGGUAUCGGAAUGGCUGGAACUGAUGGAGCAGAUCUUGGUAGAGGCUAAAGAGGCGGAUAAUUUUUUCCGAAUGCUGAAUGCGAGGAAUAGGCAUACUCCCGGUUCGUUCACUAUUGAGGAGUCGAAAGAGGAAAGGAGAAGGAUAAAGUGGAAAGAGGCUGGAGAGGAGGAGCCACCAGAGACCUUGUCCAUCAGUCUCGCCAAUAUCAGCGAAGCAAUGGAGAUGGUAUCCACAUUUGGAAUGGCGGGCACCGAGACAAUCACGGCGUUGAGGGAGAAGGUCAUGGAGAAUCUGAUGGAAGGAGGGGUGGAGCUGGUAUACCGACUGUAGAGACGAAUGGGAGAGCAAGUCGCGCCUCUGGCCCAAACUACAAGGUGGCCUUUUUUAGGGGUGGUCUCAAGCAGGGCUCGCAAAG